AUGGCGAUGGAAGACCGACAUGGGGGAGAAGAAAUUAUCCUCUACCACCAAGAAGGGACUUUGAUAUUACUGCUGCCAUCAUUUCUGCCAAUGCUGUGUCGGCGACUGCUGCCUUCAUUGCAGGGAUUGGUGUCGCUCAGUCCGCAGCCAAUGCAGACGCUGUUAACCAGCUGGCGGAUAAUAGAGACCAAUAAGACCCGAAUUGCUCCUAUUUCAGCAGAGGGCUGGUGGAAUGCCAUGGCCCAGAUUGGAGCUCAGACCCAACUAGACACCAGCUCUACUUCAAAGAUAACUGGUCUCCUGGCUGUGUUUAAUCCUUUAAUUAGUGCACCCUUUACCGGCUAUGAAACCGACUGCUUCUGCUCAGCACAUCUGAAUACCGGUUUGGUUUUGCCUCAGCAGGCCUUGAGCGUGUGGUACGUAGGUACGGUUGCUCUGGCUUCCUGGGUGCUGUGCUUGCAGCUGGAGCUGGAGACUGAACUGGAGUUGAGCAGGGCCCUGGCUCCAGCCACUGGGCAGCCGCUCCUGCAGGAAUCCUGGGCCCCAGCGACUGGCAAGGAGCAGGAGCCUGCAGCGGCCAGGCACAGAGGCAGGACAGGAUGCGGGCUGCCCUGGCUCACCACGCUGGUCCUGUAUGCUGCCUUCGUGGGACUGGGACUAAGCAUUGGUGUCCUUGGGCCUACAUUUCCAGAUUUGGCAAGAAACGUGAACCAAAACAUUAGUGGUCUGUCUCUCAUUUUUGUGGGCCGCGCCUCUGGGUUUGUGUGCGGCACCAUGAUCGGUGGAGUCCUCCUAGACUGCAUCCAUCACUUCCUACUUUUGGGUGUGUCAAUGUUGGCUACCACAGUUGGGUUUUAUCUUAUUCCUUUCUGUAAGAAGGCUGUCUUACUGAUUGUCAUGAUGGCUGUCUUUGGAGCUUCAGUUGGAGCGGUGGAUACAGGUGGGAACGUCCUCAUCUUGGACCUUUGGGGGGACAAAGGAGCCCCACACAUGCAAGCCUUGCACUUCAGUUUCGCCUUGGGUGCCUUCCUGGCUCCCCUGCUGGCUAAAUUGGCCUGGGGUGCAUCAGCCUCCACUCAGAACCACACAGAGCCCGGCUUUGACCCUCUAGUGAUGAACCGGUCCUCUGAAGCCACCUCAGACUCUCUGUUUGCGGUACCCGAGGACAUGAACCUGCUGUGGGCGUACGCUUCCAUCGGAACCUAUGUUUUAGUCGUUUCUGUCUUUCUGUUUGCUCUGUUUUGUAAGAAAAGCUCAAGGCAGAAAAAGUCCACAGCAUCUGUUCAGAGAACUCGAAGAGCCAAAUAUCACAGGGCCCUGCUCUGUCUCCUCUUCAUCUUCUUCUUCUUUUACGUUGGAGCCGAGGUGACCUAUGGCUCUUACGUGUUCUCCUUCGCUACCACCCAUGUUGGCAUGGAAGAAAGCGAAGCAGCCGGCUUGAACUCCAUCUUCUGGGGGACCUUUGCUGCCUGCAGGGGCCUGGCCAUCUUCUUUGCAACAGUCCUACAGCCUGGAACCAUGAUUGUCUUGAGUAACAUUGGCAGCCUUGUCUCAACUUUCUUUCUGGUGCUUUUUGACAAGAGCCGUCUUUGUCUGUGGAUCGCAACUUCUGUGUAUGGAGCCUCGAUGGCAGCCACAUUUCCCAGUGGUGUUUCCUGGAUUGAGCAGUACACCAGCAUCAGUGGAAAAUCUGCAGCAUUCUUUGUGAUCGGUGCUGCUCUGGGAGAAAUGGCGAUUCCUGCAGUAAUUGGGAUUCUUCAAGGACACUACCCAGAUCUGCCAGUAGUUCUGUACACCUGUCUGGGGUCGGCCAUAUUCACUGCUGUUUUGUUUCCUGUGAUGUAUAAAUUAGCCACCUUACCUCUGGCUCGGCAGCCAAAAGGAAGGAAGAGUGAGGACCAGACAGCUUUGCUUUCCAGCUCCAAGCUCAAUGACUAUGAGAAAGAAAAAAACGGAAAGAUGAAGGAAAAUAGAUGGGAUGGAACAGAUUUUGAAUUAGUUGAAAUGAUGUGUUUGAGCCAAGCACCAUAG